UCAUGCUGCUGCCAGGUCCAGAGUGUGUCAUGGGUCCCUGUACGGCCUCCCAUUGCUGCUGUCUCCAUCGCCACACUCUGCCAUGUGCCACUUUCAGGUCUCCUCACACUGCUGGUGGGUUUCCAUUUUGUCAUAGGGUGCUGGCAGAUUACGGGCCUCCCAUUGCUGCUGCCAGGCCCGUAAUCUGCCAUGGGCCCCCGUACUGACUCCUCAUGCUGCUGCCAGGUCCAGAGUGUGUCAUGGGUCCCUGUACGGCCUCCCAUUGCUGCUGUCUCCAUCGCCACACUCAGCGUGCCAUGUGCCACUUUCAGGUCUCCUCACACUGCUGGUGGGUUCCAUUUU